AAGGAUGGCGGCUGCCCAAGUAUGUAGACCAUGGUGGUCGCGGCGGGUGUCCGAACGAGCCUGGUCGUCUUAGAACAAUGUACGUGGGGCCGUGGCAGGAGUACCGGGCCCUGGCGCGGGCGCGCCACGCCGAGGCGCUCUACGCCACGCGGGGCCCGGAGACCCAGGUGGCCGACGAGUUGGAGCGCCUGCGGCGGGCGCUGGAACUCGUGAGCGGCGAGCUUCCCGCGGACAAGGCGGCGAAGGUCCGCGAAGCGCUGGCGCCCGUCGCCGAGCCCGGGCCGCCUCCGCUCCCCGGUCUCUCCUGGAACCCGCGCGCGGCGCCGCGGCGACCGGCGCCCGUCGUCCGACCGGUCAAGCCGCCCCCGCACGUGCUGACGUCGCUACGCCUGGACGACGUUCGCGGCGGCGCGGCGACCUUUCUUCUCGGCACCCGCGCCCCGUCGACGGAUGCUUCGACCGCCGGGAAGAACGCAUCUGCACACUCCGCACAGGCGCUUGGUCUCGCCGACUUCAAGAACGCCUUCUCGACGCCGCUCUCCUCGCGGGGCGGCCCGGCGGCGCGGCCGCUCUCGGCCCGGAGCGCGAGGUCCCAGGCUUGGUCCGAGCACCGGACGAGCCGAAGCGACGACCGGCGUCCUAGAGAGGGACAUGCCACCGCGCGACCGCCGACGAGAGUCGCGCGCCGCAGGCGACUCGGGAGCGACGCCGCGAAGGACGUCGCUCGCGUCCAAGGUUGCCGGCGCGCGCCGGCGAAAACAGUUCGCGCGGGAACGGCGGCGGCCACCGGCGCCGCGGCCGACGCCCGAGGCGCGAUCGGCGUACGAUCGCGGCAAAACCGCGCAGUUCCGACGAGCGGAGCGCCUUGGGCGACGGAUCCAUCUUGCCUCCCGUACGUGGUGCGAGGCGCCGUCCGGGUCCGGGCGCGAGCUCGCGCCGCGGGCGACCGCCGCGGCGCGACCGCCGCGGCCAACGGCGACGCCGGUCGAGCGCGCGCGCGGCCGGGUCGGGUCCAUGCGCCGGGCGUACCUCGAGGGCGCUCGCCGCGGCGACGACGGUCCGCGGCGACCUUCCGUGCCUCUGCCGACGGUCGCGGCGCCGGCGGAAUCCGCGCCUGCGCCCGGCGGUGCCAUCGCAAAAUUUGACCUCACGGCUGCCCAGAUGGGCGCCGUCGCCAAGUACUUUGGCGACGAAUCCACGCCGCCGCCGCCAGUGGCGACGGUCGCGCCGGAUACGCCGGCCGAGACCGUCGACGACCUUCUUAACUGGGCCGAGGGCCUCGAGGCACGCGAACGUGCGAUGUCGCCCCCGCCCCGCCUCUCGCCGAGACGACGACGGGGAGAUGAGUGGCUCUAAAAUAAAUCGAGGUAGGAAUCUAACUAGCCUAGACCCC